AUGUCAGGCUCACUCUCAUCUAAGAAACGUCGUGUUUCUGGGCCUGAUUCAACACUGGAGUCUCACUGUUUCCCUGCCUACCCUGUGAUGUCGGAAGUGCCCUCAGAACCAACCAACGGAAUGCAGAAAAGUAUUGAAACAGUCAUAGAUGAAGGUCUUUACUCCCGCCAGCUGUAUGUGCUGGGUCAUGAAGCAAUGAAGCAUCUUCAGACAUCCAGUGUGCUAGUGUCAGGCCUGCAGGGCCUGGGUGUUGAGAUUGCCAAGAACAUCAUCCUUGGUGGGGUGAAAGCUGUUACCCUGCAUGACCAGGGCACUGCCCAGUGGGCUGACCUCUCUUCUCAGUACUACCUACGGGAAGAAGAUAUUGGUAAAAACCGAGCUGAAGUAUCCCAACCCCGCCUCGCUGAACUCAACAGCUACGUGCCUGUCAGCACCUACACAGGACCACUGUUUGUUGAGGACUUCCUUAGAGAUUUCCAGGUAGUGGUCCUUACUAACACUCCCUUGGAGGAUCAGCUGCAGGUGGGUGAGUUCUGCCACAACCAUGGCAUCAAGCUUGUGGUAGCAGACACACGUGGCCUGUUUGGGCAGCUGUUCUGUGACUUUGGAAAGGAAAUGAUUGUUAUGGAUUCUAAUGGGGAGCAGCCACUCAGUGCUAUGGUUUCUAUGGUCACCAAGGACAACCCUGGGAUUGUUACAUGCCUGGAUGAGACCCGACAUGGAUUUGAGAGUGGAGACUUUGUCUCCUUCACGGAAGUUCAGGGCAUGAAUGAACUGAAUGGCAUUCAUCCUCUUGAGAUCAAAGUUCUGGGUCCUUACACCUUCAGCAUAUGUGAUACCUCCAGCUUCUCUGAGUAUAUUCGUGGAGGCAUUGUCAGUCAGGUCAAAGUACCUAAGAAGAUUAGUUUUAAAUCCUUAGUAGUGUCAUUGGCAGAGCCAGAUUUUGUGAUAACAGACUUUGCCAAGUAUUCUCGCCCUGCUCAGCUGCACAUUGGCUUCCAGGCCCUGCAUCGGUUUUGUUCUCAGUACAAUCGAUCUCCUCGACCACAUAAUGAGGAAGAUGCAGCAGAACUGGUGAUCUUAGCACAGACUCUGAAUUCUGAAGCCUUGCCCCCAGGACAGCAGGACAUCCUGGAUGAAGACCUCAUUCGCAAGUUGGCAUAUGUAGCUGCUGGGAAUCUGGCACCUAUAAAUGCCUUCAUUGGGGGCCUGGCUGCCCAGGAGGUCAUGAAGGCCUGCUCUGGCAAGUUUAUGCCUAUCAUGCAGUGGUUAUACUUUGAUGCUUUAGAAUGCCUUCCUGAAAACAAAGCAGCCUUCAUGGAAGACAAAUGUCUCCCGCAUCAGAACCGUUAUGAUGGGCAGGUAGCCGUAUUUGGCUCAGACCUACAAGAGAAACUGGGCAAGCAGAAGUACUUUCUGGUGGGUGCAGGUGCCAUUGGCUGUGAGUUGCUCAAGAACUUUGCCAUGAUUGGACUAGGCUGUGGGGAGGGUGGGAAUAUUACAGUGACAGAUAUGGAUACCAUUGAAAAGUCCAAUCUCAACCGACAGUUUCUCUUCCGGCCCUGGGAUGUCACAAAGUUAAAGUCUGACGUAGCUGCUGCAUCUGUGCGUCAGAUAAAUCCACACGUCAGAGUAAUAAGCCACCAGAAUCGUGUGGGCCCUGACACUGAGUGUAUCUACAAUGACGACUUCUAUGAAAACCUGGAUGGUGUAGCCAAUGCCCUGGACAAUGUAGAUGCCCGCCUGUACAUGGACCGCCGCUGCGUGUACUACCGUAAACCAUUGUUGGAGUCAGGGACACUGGGCACCAAGGGCAAUGUGCAAGUGGUUAUUCCCUUCCUGACGGAAUCUUACAACUCUAGCCAGGACCCACCUGAGAAGUCCAUCCCCAUCUGCACACUGAAGAACUUCCCCAAUGCCAUUGAACACACUCUGAAGUGGGCCCGGGAUGAAUUUGAAGGCCUCUUCAAGCACCCUGCAGAAAAUGUCAACCAGUAUCUCACAGACCCAAAGUUUGUGGAACGGACUUUGCAGCUGGGAGGCACCCAACCAGUGGAGGUGCUGCAGGCCUUACAGCGUAGCCUGGUGCUGCAGCGACCAUAUACAUGGGCUGACUGUGUGACUUGGGCUUGCUACCACUGGCACACCCAGUAUUCUAACAACAUCCGGCAGCUACUCCACAACUUCCCUCCCAACCAGCUGACAAGCUCAGGAGCCCCGUUCUGGUCUGGACCCAAACGCUGUCCACAUCCACUUAUAUUUGAUGUCAACAAUACGCUACAUCUGGACUAUGUGAUGGCUGCUGCUAACCUGUUUGCCCAGAUGUAUGGGCUGAUGGGCUCUCAAGACCGACCUGCUGUGGCCACACUCCUGCAGUCUCUACAGGUACCUGAAUUCAUCCCCAAGUCUGGUGUCAGGAUUCAUGUUUCUGACCAGGAGCUGCAGAGUGCCAGUGUCUCUCCUGAUGACAGCCAUCUAGAGGAGCUCAAGGCUGUGCUUCCCAGUCCAGACAAACUCUCCGGGUUCAAGAUGUACCCCAUCAACUUUGAGAAGGAUGAUGAUAGCAACUUUCAUAUGGAUUUCAUUGUUGCUGCAUCCAACCUCAGAGCAGAGAACUAUGAUAUACCUCCUGCAGACCGUCAUAAGAGCAAGCUUAUUGCAGGAAAGAUCAUCCCAGCCAUUGCAACAACCACAUCAGCUGUAGUUGGCCUUGUGUGUCUGGAGCUGUACAAGGUAGUGCAGGGACACCAACAGCUUGAGUCCUAUAAGAACAGCUUCAUGAACUUGGCUCUGCCAUUCUUCAGCUUCUCUGAGCCCGUUGCCCCACCACAUCACCAGUAUUAUAACCAAGAAUGGACUUUAUGGGAUCGCUUUGAUGUACAUGGAUUACAGCCUAAUGGUGAGGAGAUGACCCUCAGGCAGUUCCUAGAAUACUUCAAGACGGAGCACAAACUGGAAAUAACCAUGCUGUCCCAGGGUGUGUCCAUGCUCUACUCAUUCUUUAUGCCUGCCUCCAAGCUGAAGGAACGUCUAGAUCAGCCAAUGACAGAAAUUGUGAGCUGUGUGUCGAAGAGAAAAGUGGGCCACCAUGUGCGGGCUCUGGUGCUUGAACUGUGUUGCAACAGUGAAAGUGGCGAGGACAUUGAGGUCCCUUAUGUACGCUACAUCAUUCCUUGA